CGCUCCUACCCUCUCCCAACCAGGAACUCCUCGCCAAUUCUGUCGCGUCUUGGAAAAUGGGCUUGAAAUCCAGAGACGCUCCUGUUCAGUACAAACAGUCGAGCAGGAAAUCGAAGCGGGCAUGGAGAAAAAACAUUGAUCUUGAAGACGUUGAGAGAGGACUUGAAAAAGUUCGCGAAGAGGAGGUUCAAGGUGGUAUCAUCGCAGAAAAGUCUAAUGAUGCCUUGUUCGUGGUCGAUACUCUCGGAGACGAGAGAAUCGCGAAAAAAACAAAGAAGAAAUUAAAACCUCUCAAGAUCGACGAGAUUUUAAAUAAACGGUCUGCUAUUGAGGCACCUGUGCAACACAUUAAGUCCGGAAUGGUCACUAAUGGCGUUCUUCCUUCAAAACGAAAGAAGGUUAUGUCGAAAAAGGAAUUAAAUCGUCUGAAAGCCCUUGUUAGAAAAGGUGACGGUAACCUGAAGGCUUCGGCUGCUCUCAAUGACAAGAAUACCAAUGCCAAUCAUGGACUGUACGAUGUUUGGGAUGACAAUGUCCAUCCCGAGUCUAUUAUUCCUGUAAAACGGCCUAAGACUUUGGAUCACGAGCCCGUGAAACUUGUGGAAAACGUGGAACAGGCUCCUGCUGUCGUUGUAGCCGAUCCAGGAAUGUCUUACAACCCCGAUGCUCAGGCUUGGAUGUCCUUGUUGGAACGCAAGGGUCAAGAAGAAGCUGCAAAGGAGCAAAUGCGUUUAGAGCGCGAAAAACAAGAGGCACGAGUCCGUUUGAUCGCUGCUUCCAAGCAAGAGGAUUUCCGUGUAGACAUUCCUGAUGAGGAUGCAUCUUCUGAAAGUGAACAGGAGGAAAAACAGAAGACUAGCGAGGUCACACUGAGGGAUACUCCUAAACGGAAAACAAGGGCUCAGCGUAACAAGGAGAAGCGCCGUCGUGAGCAAGAACGCGAGGAACAACGCCUUAAACAAAUGCAAGAACUCGAAAAACAGAUUGAAAAGGCACCUGAAAUGGCUACUGAAAUUGCCAAUUUGGAACCUUCGUCCUCCAGCGAAACUUUGGAGCUGGUUCAGAAAACGACUACCACCGUUGUCACAGAGCUUAAGGUGCGUAAGCGUCGACUGGGUAAGCAUGCCAUUCCUGAGGCUCCCUUGGAACUGAAGCUCGGUGACGAACUUAGCGGCUCGCUUCGUCAAUUGAAGCCCGAAGGCAAUCUGUUCGUUGAUCGUUUCCGUAGUGCUCAAGCUCGUGGUCUUAUUCCCGCAGCCGUUCCAGUCUCCAAACGCAGUCGGUAUAAGAGAAAACUUAAGGAAAAACAUAGCCAUAAGGAUUUGCAUAAACUUAAAAGAACAGUUUUGGAUUAGUUUUUGAUAUUUUAUUAGGAAUAAAUGUUUAAUUUGGGUGUAAUGAAGUUAUUCCUGUCUUAUUGCGUUUCUACUUAACGCUUCGGUUAUGCA